GACAAAGGGCGGCAGUCCCGCCUCCUCGCCUUCCCGGCGUGCAGUGCGGGCUUGUGUGCGGUGAGGGAAGAGCGAGAGCCUUCGGCCUGGUUCCCGCGUUGAGCCCUCAUUCCCGCCUCCUUCUCUGCCGCCAUGUCGGACUAUAGCACCGGCGGUCCUCCGCCGCCUUCAGCUGGGCCGCCGGGCGCGGGGGGAGGAGCUGGGGCGUCCAAUCAGGGAGGUGGAGGAGGCGCUGGUGGGGCUGGCCAGACCGGUGGAGCGGCGGGUCCCGGACCUGGCGGGAUCCGUAAGGACGCCUUCGCCGACGCGGUUCAGCGCGCCCGGCAGAUAGCAGCUAAAAUUGGAGGGGACUCAGCCACAACAGUGAACAACACUACACCUGACUUCGGAUUUGGUGGUCAGAAGAGACAACUGGAAGAUGGAGACCAGCCAGAGAGCAAGAAACUGGCUCCUCAGCCAGAACCCAUGCCACCUCCCCCUCAGCUUGGACCCAUCCAUCCUCCACCCAGGUCUACAGUGACUGAAGAGUACAGAGUACCUGAUGGCAUGGUUGGACUCAUCAUAGGAAGAGGUGGGGAACAGAUCAACAAAAUACAGCAGGACUCUGGAUGCAAAGUACAGAUCUCACCAGACAGUGGAGGAUUGCCAGAGCGGAGUGUGUCUCUGACAGGAUCACCAGAAUCUGUGCAGAAGGCAAAAAUGAUGCUUGAUGAUAUUGUGUCUCGAGGACGUGGUGGGCCACCUGGUCAGUUCCAUGAUAACGCCAAUGGCCAGAAUGGUACAGUGCAGGAAAUCAUGAUCCCAGCUGGGAAAGCAGGCCUGGUAAUCGGCAAGGGAGGAGAGACCAUUAAGCAGUUGCAGGAGCGAGCUGGAGUGAAGAUGAUUUUAAUUCAGGACGGUUCACAAAACACAAAUGUAGAUAAGCCUCUUCGGAUAAUUGGUGAUCCUUAUAAAGUACAGCAAGCCUGUGAAAUGGUAAUGGACAUCUUACGAGAACGGGACCAGGGUGGCUUUGGUGACCGAAAUGAGUAUGGUUCCAGGAUUGGCGGAGGAAUUGAUGUCCCUGUGCCCAGGCAUUCUGUUGGUGUGGUUAUUGGACGUAGUGGUGAGAUGAUUAAGAAAAUACAAAAUGAUGCUGGAGUUCGAAUACAGUUCAAGCAAGAUGAUGGGACAGGUCCCGAGAAGAUUGCCCAUAUCAUGGGUCCCCCUGACAGAUGUGAACAUGCUGCCAGGAUUAUUAAUGACCUUCUCCAGAGUCUCCGGAGUGGUCCACCAGGUCCUCCAGGCUCAGGAAUGCCUCCUGGAGGCAGAGGUAGAGGCCGAGGGCAGGGUAAUUGGGGACCUCCUGGAGGAGAGAUGACCUUUUCUAUCCCCACUCACAAAUGUGGACUGGUUAUUGGCAGAGGUGGAGAAAACGUAAAGGCUAUAAAUCAGCAGACAGGAGCCUUUGUGGAAAUAUCUCGGCAGCUACCGCCCAAUGGAGACCCCAACUUCAAACUGUUCAUCAUUCGUGGUUCACCACAGCAAAUUGAUCAUGCCAAGCAGCUCAUUGAGGAGAAGAUUGAGGGUCCCCUCUGCCCAGUUGGACCUGGACCUGGACCUGGAGGACCUCCUGGACCGGCUCCAAUGGGCCCCUUCAACCCAGGACCUUUUAAUCAAGGGCCACCUAGUGCUCCCCCUCAUCCUGGGGGGCCACCUCCUCCACAGUACCCACCCCAAGGCUGGGGGAAUGCCUAUCCACAGUGGCAGCCUCCUGCUCCUCAUGACCCAAAUAAAGCAGCAGCAGCUGCAGACCCCAAUGCAGCCUGGGCAGCGUAUUACUCUCACUACUACCAGCAGCCCCCUGGCCCAGUUCCAGGAGCACCACCCGCCCCCACAGCGCCACCAGUGCAAGGAGAGCCACCGCAACCACCCCCCACUGGACAGUCAGACUACACUAAAGCAUGGGAGGAGUAUUACAAAAAACUUGGCCAGCAGCCCCAACAGCCUGGAGCUCCACCACAGCAGGACUACACAAAAGCCUGGGAAGAGUAUUAUAAGAAGCAAGCAGCUCAAGUAGCUACUGGGGCAGGGCCAACAGCACCACCAGGACCUCAGCCAGACUACAGUGCAGCCUGGGCAGAAUACUACAGACAACAAGCUGCCUAUUAUGGACAGACGCCUGGCGCUGGUGGCCCAGUGCCACCACCCACACAGCAGGGACAGCAGGCUUCAGUAACAGGCUCCCACCAUGUUUUUCUCCUUUCAACAGGCUCAGUGAGUUGAAUGUGAACCUCCCCAUCUCUUAAGAACCUUUUGUUUUGGAAAGAGGUGGCUGCUGCAGGAAGUGACAGGGUGGGACGGGAGCUGGCCUGUUGCUCUGAUUGCUGGGUUUCUCCUGGGAAUCUCAGCCACGCCGCCUUCAAGUCUCUCUUAAAAUAAACCCAGAUCUCCAAACCCCUAAUGUUGAGCCAGCAGCUGUAGAAGAUAGCCGACUAAAACCGCCGCUGCCAGACCCCAUCCUGCCUGACACGCACCUCAGUUUUCAGGGUAACACUUCCUCUUUUCUUUCUGUUUUGUUUUUUAAAAAAUAAACUUUACAAGGAAAAGUAACUCUGCUUUUUAGUUAGAGUUGGAACAUUCCUCGGACAAAGGUGUCGGUGUUUCAGACAAACCCUUCCCUGCCCCUUCAUUUCUCCACUGCUGGGACUGAUCUGUCGUGUUUUUGUCUGUUCAAGAGGAGAUUGAAACAAAAAAUUGUAUGCUCAAUUUUUACUUUUUACCGCUCGUUUUUAACUUCACAAAUAAAUGAUAACAAAACAUCCCCCUGUGUCUGCUGGGUGGUGUCUGUUUUUCUCUCUCUGUCCAUAGGGUUUUUUGAAGCUGAUGUUUGUUCACAAUAUAGCUGUUGUAAAAGCCUGAUAAUGGUCAUGAAUUAAGAGCUUCCUGUGUUUUUAUAGUUUGAGCAGGCAUUUGUGCAUUUUUGUUGAAUAAAAUGCUUUUUUGUUUUAAA